GCCAAGAGUGAGCUCGAGUGCUUUGCUUCCACAAGGGAGAGAGAGGCGGCUACUGAAAGUACAAGUUGGCAGGAAUCAUGACAGACCCAAGCAGCAGAAAGGAAGCAUUUAAAAAACGCCAAAGUGCUGCAUUCAGUAUUGAUGGCUAUAACUUCGCAAUUGGGUCUAAAUCACAAAACUGCUUGUGGAACGCCAUUAUCGGUGGGCUGACCAGCAACCUCAAGGAAAGGCCAAAGCGGACCAUUAUCAAUGACCCGAGGCCUCCUGAAGAAAUUUUAGCAGAUGAACUACUGCCAGUGGACAACCCUGAGGCAUUGGUGAAAGCAUCUUUCAGGUCUGACUGAUAUGAAUUUACUUCAUUUAUCUUUGAGAGGCUAUCUGUUUAAGAUUAAAUCUGUGAUGUGAGUUUGGUGACAGAAAUUGAUACGGAAAGAUUCUG